UUGACACCAUCCUACUACUACUACUACUACAGCUCUCAGCUCUGUAGCCAGCCGUGUUCCAGCAGUAGUGCUUCUACUUCUAGAUUCUCCUCCUGUGAUUUUUUUGUUUUGCUACGUUAGGCUACUGAAGAUACUCCACAGGUCCUGUUAAGUGAACAACUCAACAAGUUAUUUCACCCUCAUUUAUAGAAAUACAAAAGGGUUGAAACUUGUGGAAGUAAGAGGCAUCAUAGAGAGCAAAAAAGAGAGAGAGAGAGAGAGAGCACGUCAAUCCAAGUGACUGUUGACAGAAGACAGGAAAGCACAGGUGAGCAAGAGAGAAGCAAGAAGCAGCAUGUCACUGGAAGUAAAGGAGAAGACGGAGGUGCGCCUGGUGUUCCUGGGCGCCGCCGGCGUGGGCAAGACGGCGCUCAUCCGCCGCUUCCUGGAGGACUCCUUCGAGCCCAAGCACCGGCGCACGGUGGAGGAGCUACACAGCAAGGAGUACGAGCUGCCCGGCGGCCUGAAGGUCACCGUGCACAUCCUGGACACCAGCGGCAGCUACCCCUUCCCGGCCAUGCGCAAGCUCAGCAUCCAGACGGGCGACGCCUUCGCGCUGGUCUACGCCGUGGACGACGCCGACUCCCUGGAGACGGUCAAGAGCCUGCGCCAGGAGAUCCUGGAGGUCAAGCAGGACAAGUGCACGCCCAUCGUGGUGGUGGGCAACAAGUCGGACUGCGGCCAGGACGCGCGCAAGGUGUCGGGCGACGAGGUGCUGCCCACCGUGGAGCUGGACUGGAACAGCAGCUUCGUGGAGGCCUCGGCCAAGGAGAACGACAACGUGCUGGAGGUGUUCCGGGAGCUGCUGCAGCAGACCAGCCUGCCCAGCCGCCUCAGCCCCGCGCUGCGCCGCCGCCGCGAGACCUUCCCCAAGGACAACGGCGCCCGGCCGCCCAUGAACAAGACCAACAGCUGCACCGUCUCCUAACCGUCUCGCAGAGCAGCACAGAAGACGUGACGUCACGCACAGCUGAAAGACCUGUUUUGAUGAUGAAGAAGGAUGUGUCCUGUGUGUCUGUGAGUGCACUCAGGGACAUCAGCUGAUUGGCACACUGACUCUCAACAUGCACAGUGACACAAAUGCCAUGACGUAUUCAUGAGUGAACUGUGCGGCACAGACAGACACAUCGUCAAGAGACACAUCGUCACAAACUUUUGUUUGUUUGUUUUGAAGCUGAAGCUCGUUGUGACUCUGAUACUGUUGCCCGAGCUAUUGUGUGCCCAAGCAGCAGCCAGAGAGAAGAAAAAAGGCACAGACGGGGAAAGAAGGAAACCCAGUAAGGCACAAGGAAGGAGAUUGGACACUGGCUGCACCACUUAUGUCAAAAUGUGACAUAUGUGAGAAUAGGGAUUGUGAUGGUGCAGAAGAAUGUAAAAACAAAUGUUGUGUUGUGACAGAUUCUCAAAGGGUGCCCAAACCUGUUCAACCGUUGUUUGUCUGUGUGUAUGUGUGUGUAUAAGGGACAAAGCUAAACAUAUGAUCAAUUUAAAGCUGCCUCAUAGAAUUGGCUCUGUGCAUUGGUUAAAAAUAGAUGCUUUUACUUAUGUAACAAUACCUACAAUGUAUUUGAGAAACACUAUAAUGUAAUGACUGUUCUUUUUUUUAUUAUACUGUGUAUAUAGGAGAGAGGAGUUUCUUGUAUCUUAAUGCACUGUUAUGGUACCUAACAAGCCACUGCCAUUUAGUAGCAGUGUAUUGUCCAUUGCAGCUGUCAACUUGCACACUCAUUUGGUGAAAUCAUCUAUGCUUUUUUGUACUACACUGUGAAACCUGGUGCAAUGUUGUUUUUGUUGUUUUCAGAGGAUUGUUGACUGAGAAGCAAAUGGGAAUAAAAUCAUGAACAAGAAAACAGGUGUUUGUAUUACGUA